UUCUUCUUCUUAUACCAUAUACUCGAGACAACCUUUAACAAGAUGAUUAGUAAUUUGAAAAGUUUUUAUGUAAAUUAUUGCAUUUUGACAAAAAAAAAAGAAAAGAAUUCCAUGUACAGCUGAUCACUCACAUGGCCAAUGUUGAUAUGGGUUUGAAGAACUAAAAGAAUCCAUGACCCUAUAGCUGCCUCUGUUUUAAACCGUAUUACAUAAAACAUGGUGCUAGUCAGAUGCUUUGAAACUUUAUAGAGCUAUCAGCUUUUUUGUUAAUGCACAAGUUUUUCCCAUCACAGUUUGCAACAUAAACAAAAAAAUAAGAAGGGAGGGUUCCAACAUUUCCUGUGCCAAAAGGAAAAGGGAUAUAGAUGCUGAAAAAUUUAUUUAUUACAUCCUGGUUGUUUGAACAACAAUUGCUGUUGUAUGCCAUCAGUGCCAAUAUUGGUUCCGGGGUAUUCUUCAUUGCGUCAAACUCUUCUGCAUCUUUCACCAAGAUUAGCCAGUCUGCCUGAAGAUGUCAAGAAAGAACUUGAAGAUCCUAAUAGCAGGUACAACUUUGGGUGGAGCCACGGAAAAAAAAAGCUUGAAUCUGGAAAACCAGACAUGUUGAAAGGCUCUUUCUAUGCAAAUCCAGUAUUAGAUACACCUACAAGUGAUGCAUAUCUUAUUCAACGGUAUCCAGCAUACUGUGGACCUAAUUUAUGGCCUCAUAGGGCUAUUCCAGAACUGGAAGUGGCUUUCAAAGCUCUUGGGAAGCUGAUCCUGGACGUUGGGUUGAUGGUAGCAUACCAUUGCGAUCAAUAUGUAUCACAAGGGAUGAAAAUUCAUGAUGAUGAAGGCCUUGAACGGAUUCUAUUCCGCUCUCGAUGUCAUAAAGGUCGUUUGUUGUAUUAUUAUCCAGCCCAACAGAGCAACAUUAUUCAAGAUGGUGACUCUAUGUCAUCUUGGUGUGGUUGGCAUACCGAUCAUGGAUCACUCACAGGUCUUACCUGUGGAAUGCUUUUGAGAAAUGGUGUAGAAAUACCUUGCCCUGAUAGUGCUGCCGGCCUUUAUAUUAAAACCCGAACUGAUCAAAUCGUGAAAGUGGUAUUUGGAGAAGAUGAAAUAGCAUACCAGAUUGGUGAAACUACUGAAAUAUUGUCAAGAGGUUGUCUUUGUGCAACACCACAUUGUGUUCGGGCACCCAAAGGAGAACAGGCUUCUGGGGUUGAACGAUCCACUUUUGCACUAUUCAUGCAGCCUGAUUGGGAUGAAAAGCUUAAUUUCCCUAAGGUGGUCCAUAUCCAUCAGGAGUUAAUUUCAUCUCAUGGAUCUCUUACUUUUGGAGAGUAUACUGAGAAGCUACUUGACAAAUAUUACCACCUCAAAAUGUGAAAUUCCCUCCAGCUGCUCAGCAGAUUCAUUCUGAUAGAUGACAUGAUUUCUGACUACUUUUCCCUUUCGGUUUCUCACAGGAAACAUCUGCAUGAUUAAAAUUUGUCUUGUGUCUAACCGGUAAUCGGGUUGUCUUAAAAUUAUUUAUUUAUAAGAUAUUAGAGAUUAGUAUUGUUUUUAAAUAAUUUAAGUAAUAGCACAAGUACUAUGGUAUUAUUA